GCAUUCUGAAAAUGUAUUUACCCCGGAGUCUUUGCCUUUGGCUGUCGAUAAGUGCGUUUUGCUUGCAAUUUGGCAAUUGCUUCAUUGCCUUCACGCCUGCUAGUACUCACGGCAUCUUUGCUGCACUGGCUGUGCCUUUGGAGCUCCCGCAUCGCAAUGUUUUCGUCUCGUACAAUUUUGAGGCAAACUACAAUUCACCAGAUAACUGGGAGAAAUGGACCAUAUUUCAAAACGGACCAAUAGAGUCGGAAGAGAUUGAAGAAUCGCGAAAGCGUAACCACAAGUCGAAAUCAGAGGCUGCAGAUGAAAACGAUGAGCAGCAAGAGGGUGAGGAGACAGAGGCUGUGGAGGAAGAAGAGCAGGAAACCACAACAACAAUGCCCACUGAAGAGCCAAGUCGAGAGCGCAGAGAGCUGCUAAGUCGCUCAAAUAUUUAUCACAUACUAAUGGACAAGUUUCAAAGAAGUGGCUUUGCUGGCGAGUCCUGUUUGCUGCGUCUCAUCUGUGAGAUCAAUGCUGCCGAGCUUAGCGAAGGCAACGGCGUACUGGGCAGUCUAAUGCAUGUGAUCUUCAGUCCUAGCACAUCGCAGCCGGAGCAGUUGCCAUUGCGUUUCUAUCAAGCGGAACACGAUGGCUGGCAGGAUCAUUGCCAUUACUAUGAACCCGAUUGUAGCAAGAGUUUGUUACAUCUGAUAUCGGAGCCCUUCGAAGAGAUCUUUCGACGUAUCCAGAGCAAUGAAAUGUAG